AUGGCCGACGGGCUUCUCGACCCGUAUCCCGCGAAUGGCGGCGCAAAGCAGAAGCAGCACGAGGACUGGUACGCGGACUUCUCGCAGCGACCUAUGACCCCCAGAGAUAAAAGCCCCCGAGGCGUCAGCCCGGGCGGCAGAAGCCCUAGUGCUCGAAGCCCAAGAGCUACGAGUCCCUUCUCCCACGCAGCCAUCAUGCCGAGAGAUGCGGAAAGGGCCCCGAGGAAGCUGAUUUUGUGCUUUGACGGGACGGGAAACAAGUUCCAUGGCGACGAGAGUGAUAGCAAUAUUCUGAAAAUAUUUCGAAUGCUGGAUCGAUCCGCGGGUGACCAAUAUCACUACUACCAACCUGGCAUUGGCACAUAUGUCAUCUCGGACUCUCUUUCUCACAGCGGCCUACGAGCUCGCAUUAGCUCGUGGUAUCAAAAGGCCAAGGAUUCUGCCAUUGGCUCGUCGUUUGAUCAACAUGUUGUCGGUGGAUAUCGCUUCUUGAUGCGCUUUUAUCAGACGGGCGAUGAGAUUUACAUGUUUGGUUUCAGCCGUGGCGCCUACAUUGCGCGAUUUCUCGCUGAAAUGCUCGACUACAUCGGCCUCUUGUGCCACGGAAACGAAGAGAUGGUGAAAUUUGCUUGGAAGGCCUUUGCCCAGUGGCAGGCCAGAAAACCGCCCUCCAAGGAAGCGGAUGAUGAGGAAGACGAGUCCGAGGAGGACAAAGAAACGCGCAGAAUGUACAACUACAUGAAGGGAUUUCGGGAGACCUUUUCACGUCCGGUGGGCCGGAUCAAGUUUCUAGGCUUGUUUGAUACGGUUAAUUCGGUGCCGCGGUUUGAAGCUGCCUGGAUGCAGCGGACCAAGUUCCCCUACACGGCUCGCACCAGCGCCAGAUUCAUUCGACAUGCAGUCAGCAUUGACGAACGUCGCGCCAAGUUUCGCCAGGACCUUCUUUACCAAAAGCCGCCGAAACAUGAGCACCAUCGUCGUGUCCGUAGUGAACACAUGGCGGGUAUGAUUGACCGUAUUCGGCGAAGCAUAGAUGUGUCUCACGCACACCCCGAGGAGAAGCAUGCUUUGCCUCCCGUGCCCAUAGAGAAGGAGAGGCAUGGGAGUCAGUUUCUAGCGCCUGGCGACGCGGGACGAGGACGGCGUGGCGCCGUUUCCCACAAGCAUCAUUACGCACCGUAUCGAGCACGGUCCAGAUCCAGGCAGAGAAUGGCACAGGGCGCCCUUAUGGAAGACCAGGAUAACAUGUCCUGCUCCGAUGCCUCUCAGUGGGAGGCUGAAAUGGAUGACUGGCAGAAUGAGGACCAGGAUAUCGAUGAGGUUUGGUUCGCGGGCGGCCACGGCGACAUUGGCGGAGGCUGGGAAGCCCUAGACGGCCGCAAGAGUGCGAGUCACGUACCGCUAUCGUGGAUGGUUCGCGAAGCCAUGAAAGCUGGCCUCUCGUUUGACCUGGAUAAUAUCACGGAGAUGGGGUGCCAAGAUGUAUUCGACACAGUCCGGCCCUCGGCGCGCGGCUUGAAGUCUAGUCGAGCAAGCCAGCCGGCCAUCCAAGUGGAAGACGAGGCAGGCCAUGUCCAGGGCGCACAAAUUGGACAAUCGAGCCCAGACAUCGGACCACGCGAUUUUGCUCCAGGAAUUGCGCCCGACUCCGACAACAUCUCGCCGUUUCAUGAGCUCAUGCAUAAAGCCCACACGUCCCGGAUUCACGACUCUCUCGAGUUUGGUGGCGGGUUGGGCUACAUGGCCGUCUCGGCAUGGAAAUUCAUGGAAUACCUGCCCUUCCGUCGCAUGGACCUCCAACCCGAUGGUUCUUGGAAACCUAUUCGAUGGCCCUUGCCGUGCGGUGAGGUACGAGAUAUGCCGAAUAAUGUGCGCGUCCAUGGUAGUGUCAUCCGUAGAUUAAAAGAGGACGAGACCUACAGACCGGGUAAUUUAAUUAUUGGAGGCGGAGGAAGAGGUGUAAGACGGGCGCCAGCGGAAUACGGCAUUGGAGAUUGGAUAUGCGUUGCUGGCCAUGGCGACCCAAUUGGUGAGAUAUGGGAGAAGAAGCCCAAGGAGGUGAAUGGGAAUGGAACCAAUGGAACCAAUGGGACUAAUGGGACUAAUGGGGCAAGACACUGA